UCCAAACCUGCUGCACAAGCAGUGUGAGUCUUGUGUGUGAUUUUGAUGCAGUCAAGGAAAAGUCAGCAUUGUGUGAUGCAGCAUUUAUAGCUAUUACAGCUGGAUUGACUGCAGUACCUCUGCAAACAGGCUCACAUCAGUGGAUUUACAAUAGGUACCAGCUCUAGCAAGACACAUCACAGCAUCCAAGGUUCAAACCAAUAAUUCAGAGGAGCUAAUAAACACAAAGCCUUUCAAUACAACUGCACAGAUGCAAAAGGUGCAAAAUGCCUCAAAAGUGAGGCAUCAUCCCCGUACCCUUGAUUACAAGCAUCAUUUCCUGCUGUUGUCCGCACCCACAAAAUGCAGUGAUCAGGAAUAUGAGAAAGGUGAUGUAUUUCCUUGCUGUUCUUUUGUAACCUGACAUGAAGUAGACAGACACCUUCUGAAGUUUCUGCAUGCUGUGCUUCUCUCCCCACACCCUCACUGCAACAAGACAAGCCUUUUCUUUUAACCUGGCUUCCUUUGAAGAAGUGACUCAGGCAGCUUCAUGGCCUCUCAAGGUCAUUGAUGACCAACCAUGGAAUCACGAGAUCAGACACAGAAAGAUUCUUUAGGACAGGUCUACAAACCUGUACAAGAGCCUCUUCCUGGUUCUCCAGACCCUCCAGAUCUAGCCAAACUUUCAGAAACAGCCAUCACCUGGAAACAAGCCCAGCCUCCUGGUCCUUUGCCUCCUGGUUUGGAAUCCUUAAAACAGUUGGACCAAAUAAUUAUUCAUCAGCAAGUGGAGCUUCUGCAAGUUAUACUGGGAACUGAAACCUGUAGCAAGUAUGAAAUAAAAAAUUGCAUGGGACAAAGAGUUUACUUUGCAGUAGAGGAAAAUGGGUGCUUUGAUCGCAACUUCUGCUCACCGUUGCGGUCUUUCACCAUGAGGAUUACAGACAACACUGGUCAAGAGGUGAUCACUGUGAACAGACCUUUAAGAUGUAAUAGCUGCUGGUUUCCAUGUUACCUGCAGGAGGUGGAAGUCCAGUCUCCCCCUGGGACCACAGUUGGCUAUGUUGUACAGAAAUGGGACCCCCUUUUGCCUAAAUUUACUAUCAGGAAUGAAAGUAAUGAGGAUGUCUUAAAAAUAAUAGGCCCUUAUGGAACAUGUGGUUGCUUUGGAGAUGUUGAAUUUGAGGUAAAAUCUCUAACUGAUAUGUCAACUAUUGGCAAGAUAUCCAAGUAUUGGUCUGGAUUUGUCAAUAAUAUCUUUACCAAUACAGCCAACUUUGGUAUCCAGGUCCCUGUAGAUCUUGAUGUAAAAAUCAAGGCUGUAAUGAUUGGUGCUUGCUUUCUCCUAGACUUAAUGUUCUUUGAGAACUCCUUGGAUGGAUUGUAAAAAGCAAGAUGAUAGGAACAAUAAAAUAUGCAAACGACAUUUCACACUCCCUCGAGCUCUGGAUAUCCCUUUUAACCUGUACAAUCCUAUGGGCUUGGCUUUUUUUUGUAAGGGGAGAUGAGGUGGGGAGGGCAAUGACCAUAUUUAUUAAACUAUAACUUGUGUAAAUAA